GGAGAGUGGGUCUCCUUUUAGUUUCCCUAGCUGGGUGGGGGCUGCCAUUGAACCGGCGUCACUGCAGCUCCAAGGUCGCCCGGUGAUGAUGUGAGGGCGCCUGCCAGUUCCUGCCACGCCCGGGGGGGUUAGCUCGGUGGCGGCGGCGGCAGCUUCAGCUGCUGCUCUCAGGCUGCCGCGCGUUAGGGGCUUCUUCCUGAGCGAGUGUGGGCGGAAGAGCGAGGACGCCGGGCCAUUCCCGCCAUGACUGUCCAGGAUUGGUAACCACAUGAGAGCACUUACAGCUGCAGAUGUCACCUGAUUCAUCGAAGAAAAUCUGUUCUAUAGAAAAUAUCCAUAUGACCACGCCCAUUUCUUUACUAAAUGGCUUAAUGGAUUUCCUUUACUGCGAUUCCUAUGAAAGCUGCCCCUUUCAACCAAAGCAGGAAAGGAUUUUGCAUGAGUCAAUCCCAGAAUGCCAUUUUCAAAUCACGAACAGGUGAAGCAAACCUCAUGAGUAGCAAUCAUAGAGACUCGGAGAGCAUCACUGAUGUCUGCUCCAACGAGGAUCUCCCUGAAGUCGAGCUGGUGAACUUGCUAGAAGAACAGCUGCCACAGUAUAAGCUAAGAGUAGAUUCUCUCUUUCUCUAUGAAAACCAAGACUGGGCACAGUCAUCACACCAACAGCAGGAUGCGUCUGAGACCCUCUCUCCAGUCCUUGCUGAAGAGACGUUCCGCUACAUGAUUCUAGGCACAGACAGAGUGGAGCAGAUGACCAAAACCUACAAUGACAUUGACAUGGUCACACAUCUCCUGGCAGAGAGGGACCGAGAUCUAGAGCUAGCUGCCCGAAUUGGGCAAGCUCUUUUAAAGCGAAACCAUGUCUUAUCUGAGCAGAAUGAAGCUCUGGAGGAGCAGUUGGGACAAGCCUUUGAUCAAGUUAAUCAGCUGCAGCACGAGCUAUCCAAGAAAGACGAGCUGCUCCGAAUCGUCUCUAUUGCCUCCGAGGAGAGUGAAACGGAUUCUAGCUGCUCCAUGCCCCUUCGGUUCAAUGAGUCCUUCAGCCUAUCUCAGGGACUGCUGCAGCUGGACAUGCUGCAUGAGAAGCUCAGAGAACUGGAAGAAGAGAACAUGGCCCUACGAUCCAAGGCUUGUCAUAUCAAGACAGAAACAUUCACCUAUGAAGAGAAGGAACAACAGCUCGUCAAUGACUGUGUUAAAGAACUUCGUGAGACCAAUGCACAGAUGUCCAGAAUGACUGAAGAGCUGUCGGGAAAGAGCGACGAGCUGCUCCGGUACCAAGAAGAGAUCUCCUCCCUGCUGUCUCAGAUUGUAGACCUUCAGCACAAACUGAAAGAGCAUGUGAUCGAGAAGGAAGAACUAAGACUUCACCUGCAGGCUUCCAAAGAUGCCCAGCGACAGCUGACGAUGGAGCUUCAUGAGUUACAGGACAGAAACAUGGAGUGCCUGGGAAUGUUACAUGAAUCCCAAGAAGAAAUAAAAGAGCUUCGUAGCAAAUCCGGCCCUUCUGCUCAUCUCUGCUUUUCCCAGUCUUACGGAGUUUUUACAGGGGAGUCGCUGGCAGCUGAGAUUGAAGGGACCAUGCGUAAAAAGCUGAGUUUGGAUGAGGAAUCUGUGUCUAAACAAAAGGCCCAGCAGAAACGGGUGUUUGAUACUGUCAAGGUUGCCAAUGACACUCGGGGCCGCUCUGUCACAUUCCCAGUCCUGCUACCGAUCCCAGGCUCCAACCGUUCAAGUGUCAUCAUGACAGCAAAGCCCUUUGAGUCUGGUGUCCAGCCAGCAGAGGACAAAACACUCCUGAGCCAAGGGAGCAGCACAGAGGUUCCAGGAAACUCGCAGCCCACAAACCCCCCAGGAUCCCCUGAAGAUAGUGACCUGGCUACUGCAUUGCAUCGCCUCAGCCUGAGAAGACAGAACUACCUAAGUGAGAAGCAGUUCUUUGCUGAAGAAUGGGAACGGAAGAUCCAGAUCUUGGCUGAGCAGGAGGAAGAAGUCAGCAGCUGUGACGCCCCCACGGAGAACCUUGCCUCAGUCUGCACUGACCAGUCGGAGACCACGGACCUCGGCAGUGCCGGCUGCCUUCGAGGCUUCAUGCCAGAGAAGUUACAGAUUGUCAAGCCCCUGGAAGGAUCACAGACUCUGCAUCACUGGCAGCAGCUUGCUCAGCCGAACUUGGGAACCAUUCUUGAUCCACGCCCAGGCGUCAUCACUAAAGGAUUCACACAGGUGCCCAAGGAUGUUGUCUACCACAUCUCAGACUUAGAGGAGGAUGAAGAAGAGGGCAUCACUUUUCAGGUUCAGCAGCCUCUUCAACUGGAGCAAAAACCUGCACUGCCCACGCCAGUAACGGGGAUCUUCCUGCCGCCCAUGACCUCAGCGGGUGGACCAGGUACAGUUGCAACUUCGAACCCAGGAAAGUGUCUCUCAUUCACCAACUCGACAUUCACCUUCACCACCUGCAGGAUCUUACAUCCCUCUGACAUCACUCAGGUCACCCCUAGCUCGGGUUUCCCAUCACUGGCCUGUGGCAGUAGUGCGAGCAGCUCAUCCAACACGGCUGUGAACUCUCCUGCUGCGUCCUAUAGACUAAGCAUUGGCGAAUCCAUCACAAACCGCAGGGACUCCACCAUAACCUUCAGUAGCACCAGGAGCUUAGCCAAACUCCUGCAGGAGCGAGGCAUCUCUGCUAAAGUGUACCACAGCCCGGCUUCAGAAAACCCCCUCCUGCAGCCUUGCCCCAAGGCCCUGGCUACCCCCUCCACACCACCAAAUUCCCCGGCGCAGUCACCAUGCUCCUCCCCCUUGCCCUUUGAACCCCGAGUGCAUGUCUCCGAGAAUUUCUUGGCUUCCCGACCAGCUGAAACAUUCCUGCAAGAAAUGUAUGGCUUGAGACCUUCAAGGGCCCCUCCUGAUGUUGGACAGCUGAAGAUGAACUUGGUAGACAGGCUGAAGAGGCUGGGAAUAGCCAGGGUGGUCAAGACCCCCGAUUCCCAGGAGAACGGGAAAAGCCGAGAGGCAGAAAUGGGUCUUCAAAAACCAGACUCUGCUGUUUAUUUAAAUUCAGGUGGCAGUUUAUUGGGUGGACUGAGGAGGAAUCAGAGUCUUCCGGUCAUGAUGGGUAGCUUUGGAGCCCCAGUUUGCACAACCUCACCCAAAAUGGGUAUCCUGAAGGAAGACUGAGGCUCACCAUUAACUAAACCUCGUGUAUAAAUGAGCACAUGAAGGAGAGAGAUGCACUGAGAGUGGAGACCGGCCUAACUUGAGAGAAAAGGGAUGUUGCAGAAGGACUGUGAAUGUGGGAGAGGGCGCAGUGAAGGGAUAGGACGUUUGUUUGCAAGAGGGUCUUUGAGGAUGGAGUCUAGUAAACAGUGGGGACAAGUGACGACCAGUUGGAGACAAAUGGAAGAAAGGGUUAGUUUGCUCCUUCAGCUACGUUUCCUUGCCUUGGAAGUAAAAAGUGAAUAGAAAACUAAACCAAAUUCUAUUGAAAUGUGACAGUAAUGCUAAACUGCUAGCACCUUUGUCCCUAGAGAACACAAGCCAGAAGCGCCUGCCUAGGAAGGAAACCUGGAACAGCCGAUCCCGGAGAGUUGGCGCAUGCGCAGUUGUCUGUUACUGAGCCAGUGGGAGAUCCCGUCCCUGCUGGUCCCUGGUCAAAUGCAUCCACCCAAUGGUGCACUCUCAGCAUUAGCAAAAUAAGAAAUGUUAUCCUGUCCUUUCCAUCAAAACUGGAGACUUUCUUAUUUGGGGACUUUGAGGCUCUGAAAACCCAAACACCGCCCAGAUAGAUUCCUUGGUAUUUAUGAUUACUAAAUCUUCAGUUUUUUAAGCUUGUAUUUUUGUACAAUACAACAAAAAAAUUUAAAAUAACAAUAUGAGUGGACUUGGAGGGAUUUAAGAGGAAAAAGGGGUAAAUUCGAAUCAAAAACGUUUUUUAGGAUAUUUCUUCUGAACAAUACGGUGGCCCAGGAAUGCAAACGUGAUUGUGUGUUUCUCUGUUUUCCUUGGAUGCCAGAAGGGUUUAAACCAGAAGUGCAAUCAGUCAGUAGGCAGUAGAUUAUGUUGUAUAUUUAUAUAUUUAAAAUUUUAAAGAAAAGUUAGUUGUAACUAACUUUUUCCAAAGUGUGCUAUGCAUAUUUUUAAUGAAAGAUGACAUGUAUUUGCACAAAAAUUCUCAGGCACAUUAAAUUAUAAACUGAAGUAAAACCCAGGUGCUUGCUUUGAAAGUGUGUAUUUGUUAGAUUUUAUUGUUUUCCUUGUGUACAUUAAAGCACCUGCCUGUCUCUUGGUAUCUGCAGAAGUGGAGAAGGGUGUUUGUUUAUGGGAGAGCCAAGACUUCUUUUCCUCUGAUUUCUUUAACAAGCUGAAAAGCAAGUGAGGCCUGAGGCUGGGGGUUAGGCCUUCAGCCUGUGGUGCAGGCCUCACGCUGGGGGGCAGGGGGCAGAUCUGUGCUCUGAGGUGGCAGGCCAUGGUCUGCCUCUGCAGCUGACAUAGCUUUGUCUCUGUGGGGUUGUUCAAGCACCUGGGGAGGAGAUAAGGGGCAACUGUUGGUUUUGUUUGUCAAGGCAGAAAGUCCUUUAUUUGGUCCUCUUGGUGCUUAACUUGCAAAUAUUUUGCUUCAGAGAAAUUCUUUUCUGCCAGGGAGUUUUGUCUUUCUCUCUUGAGUCUCCUCAAGAGAGAUGCUCUCAAAAGGGUUAGAAAAGCCAGCAUCCACACAGUGGUAAGAGCAUAUGAGUUUUCUAUAUUUCUAGAAUCUUUAAUACAACUUUUCUAAAUUUCUCAGAAACAAAGGGUGGAGAGAGAUGUCCCUCCCUUCUCCACCUUCACCCCCUUCGCCCAGACUAGCUGCUGUCAACAGUUCAUCGGACACACACACACACACACACAUUUAUGAAGGACUCUGGGUUAGUGAGUGAUCCUGCCUGAAGCAGGCAAGCAGGCAUUAACAAGAAUUCUACUGUUUAAAUUUCCUAAAUAUUCCAAUUCCUGUUUUAAAAACAGCAUUUGCGUUUCUAGUCUAUAAAUAACUGAGUACCUCCCUCAGCAGAACCUUAAAGCUUUGCCUUGGUUCCUGAAAAAAGGAUUCUUCCUGCUACUUGGACAUUUACAGCUUCUAAGGAAGGAACACACAGAGUAGGGAAGCCUGGGGCUGAGGGGGCAGUAAAAUGUUAAAUAGCCAGGUUUACACAUAGGACAGAAACCACUCUACUGAGCUAGAAAUUGUGGAGUUCUGUGGUGACAAUAACUCUGUCCUUCUGUCAUCGCCUAAGUGGCCACUGGAAGCAGAGUUUUGCCUUGGAAGCCAGAUGAAUACGGCCAAUUAAAGAAAACCAAACAUAGGUUUUUGAAAAUUAAAUUGAUCCUGAUGUUCUGUCAGAACAAAUUGUACCUGCGCAUGCUUGUCGCUGAAAUGAAUCCUGUCCUAAAGCUGGGCCUUGCUGACUUUCAGUUUCCACCUAAGAUGAUUUGGGUACAUCCUGAGAAUCUGUUACAUGGGACUAUCUGCAAAAUACAACAAGAACUGGAACUUUCCAGUGAGUUCUUCCUCCACAGGACUCUUAACUGUUCUCGUUUUGUUUUUGUUUUCAUUCAGAGUCAGCUGGUAUGUACUUUCAUGCUUGCCUGGGAAAACUCAACUGUUUUUUCCUUCAAGAUUUUCUGUGAUGAUUUCUCAGGUACUUCCAAGUAGCCUGUUACCUAUUCAGAGAGUCUCCUUGAGCUCAGAAUUAAAACUGCCCUGAAUUUUUGAAGAUCCCAAAUCUUAUGUAAAUAGCCAUUGUUAGUCAAGUGGGUUUUAUUUUUUAGUCUUGUGCUUGCCCUUGGUCUGACAUAAAUGAUCCGACUGCCAGGGGAAGAUGUUAGGGAAGCUCACAGAGCCUAUCAUCUGUUGAAGGCACAUUUUACACAGUAUUCCAAGCCCCUAGUGCAUAAUUAGUAGUGGGUGGUUCUCACAUCAGCUUGACAUCUGGAGCUAGGGCUGUCCGUCUGGGGCCUUGUCUGCUGUCAGGUGUGUACAGACCUGUGCUUGUACUGUACUGCAGGCAUGCACACUAGUCCACUGCCAAGUGUGGCCCCAGGCAUGGGAUCCCAGGGGCUCCAGGAAAAUGCUAUCUGGAACACAACUUUGUCAAGUAGCUCUUUAUGCACCUUCCUUUGCUUUAUCAAUUGUAAAUCAGAUAAUAAAUUGUAAAUCAGAUAAUAAACACAAGGCUUCUUAAAUUGU